AUGAUUGCAGCUGCCAUAUCGUCGCAAUUCCGGUUCUGGACCUAUUUUAUGAAACAGGUGUUUGACCCAAUCACAAGCAAGCUGAUCCAAUAUUGGCAAUACAUCCUUGGCUAUGUCAUCUUAGCGGGUCUCAUAAGUUUCUGUGCCUGCUACAGAUACGGUCCAGUGACAGAUACCCGCAGCCUUAACCUCAUACAGUGGUUUAUACAAUUGGUUUCCCUCAUUCUUAUUUACCAUGGGACGCAGUUACCUGAGUUAUCUGUGAUCAUUAUUGUUCACUUACUAGCACUCUAUAAUAUUCCAAAAGGAUGGUACAUGAAUAGAUUCACAUACUAUCUCAGGUUUAAGUUUUUCACAUCGAAGCGUAAGUUCCUGACGGAAGACGAGUACAUCAAACAGACCAACGAGGAAACCACAAAGGCACUAGAGGAGCUCCGCAGCUUCUGUCAGAGUCCUAAAUGUGAUACAUGGAAGGUCGUCAGUCACCUGUCCACACCUUUAAAGUUUGCCAAGUUUUUGGAGGUAGAUUCCUGGCACGUUACAGAUCAUGAACUACGAGAGUAUGAUAGUGGGCCUGAACCAACACCUCCGGUCGAUCCAGACUCGUCAGACGAGGAUGAAACCUUAGUUUAA